UUAUAGUGGGACUGCGGCGGACAUGCUGACACUGGGGGGAAAUUACUUGGUGUCAUUGACAUCACCGAGUGACACCAAUACAGUGAUCAGUGCUAAUAAAAAGCACUGACACUGUACUAAUGGCACUGGGCAGGAAGGGGUUAAAAUGUGGGCGAUCAAUGUGUUAUGUGCUGUGUGCCGUUUUACUAAGUGUGCUGUGUUAGUGCUUUACUGUAAGCACACUGCUUUGCACAGCCAUGCAAAGCAGUGUGCAGGAUCUGACAAGGGAGAGACCUGUUUUGUUUACUAACAGUUCUUUCCCCCCCCCCCCGAAAUGCAAAAUCAU